AUGCAUGAGAUCCAGAGCGUCGCAAAGGAGUACAUAAAUGACGAGGAAGUAAGCCAAGUCGUAUCCGCCAAUAAACGGCAGCACGGCAGCACACGACACGGCAGCACGGCACCUCGACAUAACCCCCCACCAAGAGAAAACCAUAAAGAACAUCCCAAACCAGCAAACGUAAACCAACCCCCCAGAAUCAGAAAAUUCUCUAACUACACACCUCUGACGGCCCCGAUCACCGAGAUAUACCACCAAAUAGCCGAUCGAGGUAUUCUCCCGAGGGCCCGACAACUCAAGGAAAGAACGGGCGGCAACAAGACCCUGUACUGCGACUACCACCGAGGAUGCGGACACAGGACACAAGAUUGUUUCGACCUAAAAUAUGCCCUCGAGCAAGCCAUACGAGAUGGCAAACUCCCCGAGUUUGCCAAAAUCAUCAGAGAACCAAGACGUGCGGAAAAAGACAGAUCACCAGAAAAAGAAGGACGUAACCCGAGGACACAGAGACAAGCCUCUAGGGAAAUCCCUGAAACAGAUCCGACCAUUAUCGUGAACGUCAUCACAGGGAAAGACACCUCAGGAAAAUCAAAAUCAGCACUGAAGAAGGAUCUCAAGAUCCUGGCAGUCAGAGACCGAACCCAAACCGCCACCACCAAUAGAGCGAUAACAUUCUCCCCCGAGGAUUGCCAGCACGGCACCUCGGCAGAAGACGCCUCAUUCGUUAUCUCGGCAAAGAUUGGAACCGGGCUAGUAAGAAGAAUACUGGUGGACACGGGAGCAGAUUCCAACAUCCUCUUCAAAGGAGCUUUCGACAAGCUCGGACUCCGCAACGACAACCUCCAGACACACCGCAACAGAGUAACCGAAUUCGGAGACAACUUCCUCAAGCCAGACGGUUCCAUCAAUCUUCCCCUUACCAUAGGGACGGGAAGCCAGAGGAAGAUAAUCCUGUCCUAG